AGGGUAAAAAAAAAAAAAAACCCACUUUGCUAAAACUGCUGAUCCUGAGUCUCACCUUGGGUCUCCAACUAGUACAGUUUACCUCCCCUCACCUUGUACCGAGGCCUGGGCCUGGGGGUCACGUGAAAACAAAAAAAACAACAACAUGUGCUGCCCUAACGCGAUUUGAAUUCUGACUAGAAUGACAUAGACGUUUCUAAGCCUUGAACAAAACUUAAAAGGGAAUAAACAUUGAUAAUAAAUGUAACCUACUUCCCUCCCCUUUACCCACCCCCCUCAGUACACAUUUUAACAUCCCCCCCCCCUCCUGUAUUAUUUACGAAGCAAUAAUUUAAAAGCUAAAUACAAAUCAGAAAUAAGCGAGUGUAACCUGAAGUUGUCCAAAACUGAAUUAUACAUAGGAUCUAAUAACACUAAAUGCAUAAACCUGCACACCUAGAUCAAGAAGUUCAGAUACGUAAAAAUUAUAGAAUUGGAUGUGAAUAGGAAACUAACUCAGUCAUUGAUAACUAUCUGAAUACAGCCAACUAUCAAAUCAUUAUCGACAAUCCCAUUUCCAUAGACUCUAUUAGAGCUGAGCAAAAUGCAAGCGACUUUCUUUGAGCUGCCAAUAGUGCAGUUCUUACUGAUUCUUCUCAUCAUAUUUUUAACAAUUGGCUUGAUGUCGAAAAAGAUCCGAACAAAAAGAAAGCCGGAUAACUCCCCGCCCUAUCCCUCCCCACCGUCGUACUUCGUCGGACAUUUGUUUCAACUGACCACCAACUGUCGCCUCAAAAUGCGAGAAUGGAGACAUGCCACUGGCGACCUCUACAGCCUGGACUUUGCUGGUCGCCAUUACAUAGUAGUCAACGGCUAUAAAACAUUCAAAGAAGUUUUCGUACAUCAUGCAGGGUCAGUUCAGGGUGUACCUCCUUCUUUCAUCAACGACAAGCUGCAGGAACAUAACAAAGGGAUCGCCGAGUCCAAUGGUCAGAAUUGGCUUGAGCAGAGAAAGGUGUCCAUCUCUAUUUUACGUUCUUUUGGCUUAGGAACCAAUCUCCUGGCCGAGCGAAUCCAAAACGAAGUAUGUGUGUAUCUGGACGAAUUGUCCAAACUCCGGGGCGCACCGUUAGAUGCCCGCCUACUGACAACAGUCAGUGUCUCUAACAUCAUCUGCUCAAUAAUUAUUGGUAGAAGAUUUGACCACCAAGACCCAUACUUCACGGAACUAGUCAGCAACAUGGGUAAAGCCACUAAAUACUUCGCUAAUCUACCUCUCCUGACCUUGUUCCCAUGGCUGUACCACAUACCAGGGGAUUUAUUCAACGCCCGAAAGCUUGUCUCCAUUUUCAAAGAAAUCAACUGCUCAUUCUCACUGGCCAAUAUAGAAAGAAUCUGCGAUGACGAUAGCUCAGAGAAAGCAGACAAUUUCAUUGCUUGCUACUUAUCUAAGAUGGCAAAGAAACACAACGAAGGCAAGCCUACAACUAUGGAUAAAGAAAACCUGAUAGCUGUUAUACGGAACCUCUUCAUAGCCGGUACCGACACUACCAGUGGUAACAUUUUGUGGUUCCUUCUAUACAUGCUUCAUUACCCGGAUGUCCAGGAGAAAAUAUACCAAGAAAUUGUAUCCAGAGUUGGCAGCGAGCGCCAGAUUACAAUCGAAGACAAACCAAAUCUUCCGUAUUUAAACGCUGUUGUCAUGGAGACACAGAGGCACGCCUGCGUGACCCCGUUCGCUUCACCAAGAGUUGUGAUUGAAGAGUUCACUGCUGAAGGUUUCGUUUUUCCCGCCGGCGCCCACAUCCUACCAAACAUGGACUCGGUGCAGCACGACCCAAACGUCUGGGAGAAUCCUGGAGAUUUCAACCCGGAGAGAUUUUUAGACAAGGGCGGUAAUCUGAUUCAACCCGAAGAGUUCAUUCCCUUUUCUCUGGGUAAUAGAGUCUGUCUCGGGGAGUCGAUGGCCAAAAUGGAACUUUUCUUAUUUUUUUCAGCCAUUAUACAGCGCUUUCAACUGUUACCAGAACAUGAAAACCGACUUCCACCAUUGGAUGAAAUUUACGGUGCCAUUGCCUGCCCUCAACCUUAUAAACUGAGAUUUAUUCAAAGAAACAAUUAACUGGAUGGAUAUUGAAAUGUGUUGACAUUAUCGCACUGUUGGCCUUAUGAAACGAGAUGUGUAUUGAACGCUCGAUAUUGUGUCGGUUGAAACAUUUAAAAAGCGCAUGACCUGUGACCUUUGACCUGUGUGUAUCACAACGCUAAAGAGAUUGCUCAACGGAUAGAAGGGAAAGACACGCAUGAUGUAAAAAAACACUGUCAUAUAAAAAAAAAUAGGCCAGGCAUACCUGAUUUCCGCUAGCAGGUCACUAAGUGCGUGAAUGUCAUUACAUUAAGUGCGUGAAUGUCGUAACAUGGCGUGUAUGGAUGUCGUAAAAUUUGGUGCAUGAAUGCCAUUUAAGCGCCAAAAAUGUCAUGACAUUAAGUGCAUGAAUGUCGUACAAAUUGGUCUUUGAAUGUCGUUACGUUUAUAUAUAUAGGAACAUAGAAUGUUGUGUUGGAAUGUCUUUAUAUUAAAGCCUGUCAAUGUUAUCUUUUAUUUCAUUGACAUUAUGUCGUUAAGCCUCAUUAUGUUCAGUGAAAGAUUGCAAUACUUUUGUGUAUGUCAUUGUUAUGUUUGAACAGUUGGUCAAAUUUAAAAUAAAAAGCAAAA